AGUACGAGUCGUGUCCUGCAGGAAGACCGAGCGUCGCGAGCACACGCAUCCAAAUGGAGCGCUUCUUCCUUUUGCGAUAUCUCUAUUUUGCGUCAUCAGGAUUCGAAAUUAUAUAGAAGUAAAACAUCUGGAGAGCCAAAAAAACCCGACAAGCGAAACCCUGAGAGAGCGAGCCGCGAGUGGACAGCACAGCCAAAACACCCCCUUCUGUCUUCUUCCGUGUCUGAACUUUCCCCCACCGCUCUCUCUCUCUCGCACUCACCAAUCCCCCCAAAAAAUCUCACUCCCCCUUUCUCCGUCUCUUUCUAUUGCACUAUCAACUCUACCCCCGAACAUUACGCGUACUCGCUGGCUGUCUGUCUAGGUUUCGAUAUGGAGAGUGUUAUCGUUGGACGGCUGCCCGACUUGGAUAGCCCGAGCCGGAGCGAGUCCGAGUGCGUCUCGCUGCAGGUGCUGCUCGGCCGGGGGAAGAUCAAAGGCCGGAGGAAACGGCGAAAGGAGUUGUUCCUCGGCCAGAUGUGCUUCAUGGGUGUCAUGCUGCUCCUCGUGUACAGCGUAUCGCAGCUCGCGGAGAACACAGGGUACCGCAGUCCGCUGAGGAGUGGCGAGCAGGAGAGGCCGCGGCAGAGGCCAGGGGGUUGGGAGGCCCGGCGGCUGCUACAGGAGGAGGAGGAGGAGGAGGAGUACACCUUCACACGCACCUACACAUACAUCCCCGACCUCAGCGACCCCACGGACACCCCAGACCGGCCGCGCAAGAACUGCACAGAGCCAGCUAUCCAUGAGUUCCCAACAGACAUGUUCAGCAACCAGGAGCGCAUCGAGGGAGCUGUGGGCCUACACGUCUUAUGUGCUAUGUACAUGUUCUAUGCCCUGGCUCUGGUGUGUGACGACUAUUUUGUUCCUUCUCUGGAGAAGAUCUGUGAGCGUCUCCAUCUGAGUGAGGAUGUUGCCGGGGCAACCUUCAUGGCAGCAGGCAGCUCGGCUCCAGAACUCUUCACCUCCGUCAUCGGUGUGUUCAUCACUAAGGGGGAUGUGGGUGUGGGCACCAUCGUUGGCUCCGCUGUCUUCAAUGUCCUCGUCAUCAUCGGGGUGUGUGGACUCUUCGCAGGACAGGCUGUGCGUCUCUGCCGUUGGCCGCUGAUGAGAGACUCAGUGUUUUACACCAUGUCAGUCACAGCUCUCAUUGUGUUUAUAUAUGACGAGAAAGUCGUAUGGUGGGAAUCUCUCACGCUAGUGUCCAUGUACUUUGUUUACAUUCUCAUCAUGAAGCUGAACUCGGUGGUGGUUCGCUUCAUAGAGCGUCGGCAGAAGAACUCUGGUAACCUGGGCAACGGGACGGCCAGCACAGCUGAUCUGGAGGACGGAUGUGACGCCACCGUCGUGCUGCUCAAGAAAGCUAAUUUCCACCGGAAGCCGUCGGUGUUGAUGGUGGAUGAGUUGUUGUCUGCGUACCCCCACCAGCUCUCCUUCUCGGAGGCUGGCAUGAGACUGAUGAUCACCAGCCACUUCUCCCCCCGCACGCGCCUCACCAUGGCAUCCAGAAUGCUCAUCAACGAGCGGCAGAGGCUGAUCAACGGGCACCUCAUCAACGGCGAGUCGGACGCGCCGCCGUGUGCCAAGGUGCCCGGUGGGGGGCGGUGCCGCACCGUGGUGGAGAACGGAAUGGAGCGCGGCGGGCUGAACGGGGGGCGCCGCGGCAACGGGCACCGUGGAGACAAUGACGACGACAGGGGAGGGGCGGAGACGGACACGGAGAACGAGGAUAAUGAGAAUAACGAGAACGACGAGGAGGAAGAAGAGGAGGAGGAGGAGGAGGAGGAGGAUGAGAACGAGGGACCCUUCGUACCCUUCUCGGCACCAGGUGGUUGUUGUAAUAAGAUCAAGUGGCUGUUUGCGUGGCCGCUGUGCCUGGUUCUCUACUUCACGGUGCCCAACUGUGCGGACCCCCGCUGGGAGAGGUGGUUCAUGGUCACCUUCGCUGCCUCCACGCUCUGGAUCGCAGGCUUCUCAUACAUCAUGGUCUGGAUGGUGACCAUCAUCGGGUUCACGCUGGGCAUCCCUGACGUCAUCAUGGGCAUCACCUUCCUGGCGGCGGGCACCAGCGUUCCGGACUGCAUGGCCAGCCUCAUCGUGGCACGCCAAGGGCUGGGCGACAUGGCGGUGUCCAACUCCAUUGGCAGUAAUGUGUUUGACAUCCUGGUGGGACUCGGGCUGCCGUGGACCCUGCAGACUCUGGCCAUCGACUACGGAUCUAGCAUCCACCUCAACAGUAAAGGACUCAUCUUUUCCGUUGGCCUGCUGUUGGCUUCCGUCUUUCUAACUAUCCUGGGUGUGCAUCUGAACAAGUGGACUCUGGACCGGCGUCUGGGCAUCGCCUGCCUCAUGAUGUACGCCGUCUUCCUCUGCUUCUCCAUCCUCAUCGAGUUCAACAUCUUCACCUUCGUCAACCUCCCCACCUGCCGCGAACCCAACGCCUGAAGAAGGGAGCACACACACACAGAUUAUGAUUUAUUCUUCUCUCUUCUCUUC